AUUUCUGCAAUUCUAUCCUGUGCCCUGACAGCAGAGAACAGUCUGGUCACUUUGGAUCUGACGGCAAAGGUCCCCAGGGCCCCCAAAGAAUGAUCUCUCAUAAAGAAGGCUUGAAGAUUGUCUACUUGAUUGUGCUUUUCUUUGGAGUCCUGGGGAACAUGUUCCUUCUUUAUCUACACAGCCUUAAGUUCAUCACUGGUCACAGGAAAAAACUCAUAAGCCUGAUAAUCAUCAAUUUGGCUUUGGCCCAUGUCUUGAUGAUUCUUUUCAGGGGCGUUCCCAUAAUAAUAGCCAAUUGGGGCUGGAAAUCCUUCCUAAAUGACACGAUGGGUAAAAUCUUAACUUACUUCAUAAGAGUGACCCGGAGCCUUUCUCUUUGCAGUACCUGCCUCCUGAGUGCCUUCCAGGCCAUCACCAUCAGUCCCAGCAGUCUUAAGUGGGAAGAGAUUAAAACUAGAGCCCAGAACUGGAUUCCUGCUUGCUGUAUCCUAAGCUGGGUUUUCAAUCUACUUCUCAAUAUUGUUUCCCCUAUGAAUAUGAGUAGUCCAAGGAACAGCAGUAAUGAAAGAUGGAGGAUUGGGCACAUUUCUUUUGACUUCCAGGCCAUAAGUAUUAUAAAAAUUUUAAUGUGUGAGUCAGUUGUUGAUGCUCUGUUUGUGGGUCUCAUGAUCUACUCAAGUGGCUAUAUGGUGUUUGUCUUGCACAGACACAACCAGAGAGCCCAACACAUUCACAGCAUCAGCCUCUCCCCCAGAGCCUCCCCUGAGAUCAGAGCCACCAAAGCCAUCCUGAUGCUGGUGGUCACCUUUGCCUGCUGUAACUCACUCAGUUCCCCUUUUGUCAUUUAUGUGGUUUCUGCGAGAGGAACUGAAGACUGGGGGCUACGUUUGACAAUUGUACUUUCCAUAUUUUAUCCAAUAGUCAGCCCUUUCAUGCUGAUCAGCAUUGACACCCAGAUGCCCAGGUCUUUUGCUACUCUCUUAGGUCUGAAGAGCUCUUUUCAGGAAGGACUCUCUAGUUGA